CCCUCCCCCGCGUGGUGCGACGGGCUAGAUGUUUUCCCAUGGCGCGGAUUCCGCCCACAACGCCUCCGCUGGCGGCGUCGGCGUCAGCGCCGGCGGCCUCACCCUCCCCGCCCGCUUCAUGUGGCCUCAUGGCGGCAAGAGUGUCUUCGUCACAGGCAACUUCACCAGGUGGUCAGAGCAUGCGCCCAUGUCUCCUGUCGAAGGUUGCCCCACUGUAUUUCAAGCUGUCUUCCAAUUACCUCCAGGGAUUUAUCAGUACAAAUUCUGUGUGGACGGAGAGUGGAAGCAUGAUGAGGGGCAGACUACUACAACAGGAGAGUAUGGAGUAGUAAACACUUUAUACUUGACAAGGGGAUUCGACCACAUAAAUAACGUAGUGAGCCCCAGUACACCUGGGAGCAUGGAUGUGGACAGUGAAAAUUUUCAGCGAAAUGUUUCAGUGUCAGAUGGUGCCCUUCAGGAUGGUUCUCCAAGAAUUUCAGAGGCUGCUAUACAGAUCUCUAGGUGUCGUGUUGCUGAGUAUCUGAACGCGCAUACUGGCUAUGAUCUACUACCUGAUUCCGGAAAGGUCAUUGCUCUGGACAUUAAUUUACCCGUGAAGCAAUCUUUCCACAUUCUCCAUGAACAGGGUAUUCCUGUGGCUCCUCUGUGGGACACAUACAGGGGUCAGUUUGUUGGGCUUCUGAGCCCACUUGAUUUUAUACUUAUAUUGAGAGAGCUAGAGACGCAUGGCUCAAACCUCACAGAGGAACAGCUUGAAACACACACUAUAUCUGCGUGGAAAGAGGCUAAGAGGCAAACUUAUGGAAGAAAUGAUGGACAAUGGAGAUCAAAUCAGCAUCUAGUGCAGGCCACCCCUUAUGAAUCCCUGAGGGAUAUUGCCAUGAAAAUACUCCAAACUGGUGUUUCUACAGUUCCAAUUAUCUAUUCAUCUACAUCAGACGGAUCAUUUCCACAGCUGUUGCAUCUUGCAUCUCUUUCUGGAAUUUUGAAAUGUAUCUGUAGAUAUUUUAAAAACUCUACUGGUAGUUUGCCUAUUCUAAACCAACCAGUAUGCACAAUUCCGCUGGGUACAUGGAUUCCGAGAAUAGGUGAACCAAAUGGUCAUCCAUUGGCUAAGUUGCGACAUAAUUCAUCACUUAGCUCUGCCCUUACCUUAUUGGUUCAAGCUGGAGUUAGCUCAAUACCAAUUGUGGAUGAGAAUGACUCGCUGAUCGACACAUAUUCCAGAAGUGACAUCACAGCUCUGGCGAAAGACAAGGUCUACACACAUAUUCGCCUAGAUGAGAUGACUGUUCAGCAGGCUUUGCAGCUUGGCCAAGAUGCGAAUUCACCUUUCGGACUUUUCAACGGGCAAAGAUGCCAGAUGUGUCUCCGAUCUGAUUCUCUGCUGAAGGUUAUGGAGAGACUGGCUAAUCCUGGGGUGCGCCGCGUGUUCAUCGUGGAAGCUGGAAGCAAGCGUGUGGAAGGCAUAGUAUCGCUGAGCGAUAUAUUCAAGUUCUUGCUAAGCUAGCAGAAGGCAUCGUCUUUGUUUUGUUGGGGUGCAACAGCUGCCAGAGUUAACAAGAGUAGCGCAAACAGAUUGUGGAGGCAACAGUUGAGACCUCUGGCUGGCUGUUGCCGAUAAUGGCCGUUCAGGGUCUGUAAAGUUUUUUCUUUUCUUCCUUGUGCCCCUCCUCACCGCUGGUACCGAAAUAUCUGGUGACUUUUUCUUCUUCUUAUCUUAUUGGAUUGUUUUGGCUGCUUGGCGAGACUAGUCUCCAAGGAGCUUAGUUGGUUCUGUCUUGGUCCAUUCUGUGUCUAGUGCUAGAGACCCGUUAGCAUCAAAGAGAAUUGGGGGGAGUGUUCCAGAGGGUGAAUGACUGUCUGAGUUCCAGUGCACCAGUACACCAUGUGUUGUUUUUGCUCAACGUAAAAUCUUUCGGUGGGCAAUGAUGCAACCAUGGUUGGAGGCUUUGCUGCUGUUUCAUUGGCAACCGUCUGGAAACAAGAAAAAUCGAAUGUUGAUAGCAAUCCUCCGCCUGGGGGAUGUACAAUUGUAAACAUCAUUUUAUGUUUGAACUCAUUUCGUUCUCAUUGUA